GGUUCAAUGUCUGCAGGGGUUGGAGUUGGAUUUACUUCUGCUCUCCUCUUCAAGUAUGCAGGGCUGGAUGUUGACAAUCUUCAGAACUUGGAGUGCUGCCUCUUUGUGCUUUUUCCAUAUUUCUCAUACAUGCUUGCUGAAGGUCUCAGUCUAUCUGGCAUCGUAUCGAUUCUAUUUACUGGGAUUGUCAUGAAGCAUUAUACCUACUCAAACUUGUCUACAAAUUCUCAGCGAUUUGUGUCUGCAUUUUUUCAUCUGAUAUCUUCCCUGGCAGAGACAUUUGUGUUCAUCUACAUGGGUUUUGAUAUUGCCAUGGAAAAGCACAGUUGGUCACACGUGGGAUUCAUCUUUUUCUCGAUUCUGUUCAUCGUAAUUGCGAGGGCAGCUAAUGUGUUUGGUUGUGGAUAUUUGGUCAACUUAGCACGACCUGCACAUAGGAAAAUACCUAUGACGCAUCAAAAAGCACUAUGGUACAGUGGACUUCGAGGGGCUAUGGCUUUUGCUCUUGCUCUACAAUCUGUUCACGAACUCCCAGACGGGCAUGGUCAAACUAUUUUCACAGCAACUACAGCCAUUGUUGUUGUAACAGUGUUGCUGAUUGGAGGAUCCACUGGUACAAUGCUUGAAGCCCUAGAGGUUGUAGGCGAUAGCCGUGACACAUCCCUUGGCUUUGAAGUGGUGAACAAUCGGUAUAUGACUAGGUUUGAUGAUGAAGGUUCACCAUCAGAAAGUGGAUUCAGGACAAAACUAAGAGAGUUCCAUAAGAGCGCAAAGUCAUUUUCAGAACUAGACAGGAACUACUUAACACCGUUCUUCACAAGUAAUAACGGAGAUUAUGAUGAAGAUGAUGAUAUUAACAAUGACCAACACCAUGAAGAACGAAUUCCUUUUACUAGAAGAGGGAACUUUAAUAACCGGGGGCUAAAUUUCUGAGACGAGAAAGCUAUAGCUGUUCACAUUGACAGGGAGACAUAGCGAAGCAGUGGUUCGUGUACAUAAAAAAAAAACAAAUUUGAUCUUCGUUGUCCGAGAGUAAUAGUAGUAGUCAGAUUACUGGACUGUGUUCUUGCUCUGAACUUCGGUGGAUAUUGUUUUGGCUAAUUACAUUCACACUAAAAAGGAAGAAACUUAAUGGCAAUGGCUCUGAUUAUACU